CUGAAACUCGCAGCAUCGGGCAAGGCGCACUUAAUCCGGUCAAAGUGGCAAACUCAACCGGGUUUCGGUGUCAGCGCUCAGACUCACUGCUGAAGCACUAUGCCCGGUGGAAGAGCCGGAUCCGCGCCUUCAAAGUGCAGCCCGGUCCCGAUUCUCAGCGCUGACCCUAAUUAAGGGCAUUGCUUUCUCGGAAGAGAUGGAUCGAUCAGACACUUGCGAUCCUUACAGGUGUCCCGCUCGCCGGACCCAGUGGAUCGUCAGCGCCUUGGCUUAUCACUACGGGCUAGACCGGGGGGUGGAAAACGAGAUCAUAGUGCUGGCCACGGGGCUGGACCAGUACCUACAGGAAAUCUUCCAUCACUUGGACUGCGAAGGGGAGGGCAGGAUCCCGGGAGAGGAUUUCCAAACCCUGUGCGAGAUCCUGGGACUGGAUAACAAUUCGGAAACAGAAGAGUGCUCGGGGGUCCUGGAGAAGGUGCCGAAGGAGCUGAACUUCAGGCAGUUCCACGCCAAGCUGUGCGGACACUUCAGCACCAAAGCCGGCUGCCGGUACGAGACGGGGCGGUUGCUGGUCGGCGAGGACAGCGAGCACAUCGAGACGCAGAUCCGGCUGAGGAGCCCCCUGCGACGGAGGAAGAAAGCGACAGGCGCCGCUUCCUCGGCUUCUCCCGGGGAAGAGAAGCGCAACAGGGCAUCCUCGCUGAACCGGGAGCGAGGUGGCCCGUCCUGGGAGCGGCACGGUGCCUGCACCAAGGAGUGCUAUGAGGACAUCGUAGCCCUGGAAGCCGCUGAAGACAAGAUCGCAAAGCUGGAACAGGAGAACGAAAGCUUGAGGGAACUCGUGGAGGACAUGAGAGCCGCCUUGCAGAGCAGCGAUGCCCGAUCCCUGGCACUCCAGGUAGGACUGUGGAAGAGUCACGCCAACCAUCAGUCCCAGAACUGCUUCCUCGCCUGGACCAGAUCGGCCACUUACCGAAACCUCCGCAGCCACGCCAGUCCCAGCAACGGGCUGCAGAGCGUGUUGAAGGAAAUCGAGCUGAUCCGUAGCUCCAGGGAUGGGCAGAUCGAAGAGGCGAUCAGGUUCAACCAGGAGAUGGAGAGGGAGCUGAGCAGAUCGCAGGACGCUCUGCUGAAACUGGAAGAGUGUAACGGCCACCUGAAGAAGGAGCAGCUGCAGACGAGAAAGCGGGUAGAAGAAGCGCGCCGCGCGUUGUUGGGAAGCCUGGAGAAAGUGAAAGAACUGGAAACUAGAGCUAAACAAGUCCCCCUCUUAGAGAGGAACAUCGUGCAACUGGAAUCAGAACUGCAGUACUACAGGUCAGAGGUCAUGAAGUUUCAAUUCCUACAGUCAAAUCCUCUGGAGGGGAAGCCUCCUCUUGCAUUGUACGAAUGGAAGGGAUGUCCUCCGGUGCCUCAGGAACGCAGAUCGCCAACAGGCGAUACAGAAGCAUCAGCUUAUAACAUUGAAGAACAGCUGUUCCGCUCAGUAGAAGGUCAAGCUGCCUCAGAUGAGGAGGAUGAGAAGUGGACUGAAGAUCAGAAGACCCAGGUGAAAGAAUUGAAGAAACUUUUGAACCGGCUCUGUUGCUGUGGGAAUGGCUGUGAUGAUAAAACUGUAAGAAAGCUACUAUCAGAAUUUGGGAACAUACGGUGUGAUGAGAGCAACAGUGCGGUUUGGGAACUGGUUGAAAAAGUGGCAAAAUUAAAGGAACAACUGGAGUUAAAGGAAUAUGAAACCCAGCAAAUGGAGACCGACAUCGAUCAGCUGAAGGGGUCAUUACUGUGUGAACUACAGCGCAAAGUGGAUGAGACAGAACUGCUGCAGAUGGAGCUGCAGAUGUUGGAGACUGAGAGAGUACGCCUGUCACUGAUUGAAGAAAAGCUGAUGGAUGUACUGCAGCUCUUGCAGCAAUUACGUGACCUUAAUGUGUCCAGGAGAUCACUAGGAAAAAUCUUGCUCAGCACUCUGGAGUCCUGCAAUAAUCCUCAGCAUGGAAAGGCUCAUAUUCUGGAGGUACUGAAUGCCUUGUAUCAGGAACUUGCUGCUUGUGAGCUUCUAUCUGGCAAGUCUUUGGAAAAGGCUCAGAGUCACCAGUCCCUGGUAAAUCCACUGCUUAUCUCGUGUUGAGGUUCCGCAAGCUGGCUUUGCUGAUUUGUUCAUCAAGCACUUCAAAUGUUUCCUAUAAAUCUACAACUCCUGUAUCCUGAGCGAGUUUGUAAAAAUAUCUUAUGCACCUUACUUAACACAAUGUUAAACUUGUCAGCUAGAUCAACUUGCUUUACUGGAUAGAGUCUUAACUGUAUAGUUCUGGAUCAUAUUUGUUAAUCUUUACUAUUAGAGGAAGAAAAUUCUAGGAAAUUGUCCAAUAAAGAAUGGUUACAUUUGGGUCAAAAGAAAUAGUUGUGUCCUUUAGUAGUAUUAAAUGAACAGCCAAAAUAUUAGAUUAUCGUUAAAAUGUGUGUAAGUUCUAACAAGAAAACAUACAACAUUGGCUCAAAACACGUUUCAUUUGGGAACCACAAAUAUGAAAUAUAUAUUUUUUAUUAGACAAAAUCACAAAAAAUGACAGAUUUACCUCCUACAGAGUACCACUGAGUAUACGAAAUAUUUAUUGGGUCAGGCUUCCUGACGUAAAUAGCUGAAGUGAAGAAUACAGAUAGCAGAACAGCUCAAACGGGAAAUUAAAUGCUGUAGCUAUGAUCCAGACAUAAUGGCAGGUACAAGUGAAAACUAAGGGGAGGAUUUCUUUUAACCAUCAGUGCUGCUGCUACUACAGAUACUAUUACAGCAUUGCAUAUAUGUAUUUAUUCCAGUGUCAUAUUAUACACAAAAUAUACCUGAUAAAUUUAGAGAACAAUUCUAAAAUAGCUGUACUGAAAUUUAUGCCCACAAGCAGCCAGCUAUAACAUUUGCAAUUUGUACGCUGAACUAAGCAAACUUAGAACCAUGGAGCCAAUUAUAAUUGAAACAGAUAUUUCCAUUGGUCCUGGUAGCCAAACAAAAGUUAAAUUAAUUGGCAUCACAUCAGUAAAAUGUGGUCUCUGGAACUGAAGUCAAUCAACAAGUCUGUACUGAUACUCCUGACACUUCUCUCCAGGAAUCCUUCAAAAAAAAUCGAAGGGAGCUUGUGACUGAUGAUGUGAAUAACCCAGCAGCAAAGCACAGUCAGAAUCUCCAGCUCCAAACAGUGGAGUUAUUGGGCAAGCUCCCAUGCAGUAUUAUUUUGGCAACAAGCUGUAACUGUAGCCAUUUCCAAGUUCCACAUGGUCCUAUCUAAAGGUUGUGAGUGCUUGGUUUAAGUCCCUAACCUGACCAGUGAAUGAUCCAUUAGACUGCUUAAGUAGAUAUGUUCAGACAGCCAUAAACUGCACCACUUAUAAAGGAAAUUAACUAACAAUUAGCUGACUUUCCCUGAACUUGAGCCAGUGUGUUUCACUGUAUUCUCUCAGAAGUUUUGUGAAGGGGUCUAUAAUAAAGGUUGUCAAGUGAAAUGUAAAUGUUUUGUGAAGUAAUAGAAGGUCCUUGAAUGAAAGCAUAAACAAGGCUUGGGAAUGUUGAAGUUAGUAGACUGUAUGUGCAAAGUGGCAGAUAUUCUAUAUGCAUUUCCAACCUCAAAAUGCACUUCCAAAUUAAAGUCUGUUACAUAUUUUUUACUUUGGAGAGGGCAGCUGCACAAUUUAUCAUGUACUUCAAGAGUGAGGCAAACAGUAUUUUUCUUUAUUUUACUAUUUGUGUGACUAUAAAAAUAAAAACAAAAUCACUUUUCUCUAUUGUGUUAGAUUAUUCUCUAGUCAAUGGCUGCUAGGGCAGAUUGAUAGCUGUAACUACCCUGCACAAAAGCUCUCAAAUUGAUACUAUUCCAUGUCAUAAAUUUGCCAGAUCUCAUUUCUGUUCUUGCAACUAAGAUAGGAUCAGUCUGAUCUUAUUGAAUGGCAGGGCAGGCUCAAAGGGCCUAGUCUUGCUUCUGUUUCUUAUGUUCACUGAUGUCACUGGUAUUUGCAUGGAUUCAAUUUGGGCAAUUUUAUCAAAGGUACCACAGUCAACUUUUGUGUCUGCACCCUAUAAAUUCACUCAGAGUUCAAUAUGUUGUCAAUGGCAUUAAAUGGAGCAAAGAUUGAAA